CAUGACGCAAAAUAUUUACGUAGCUUGUGCGCACCUGUCAUGGCCGCCUCGUGACUCAUCUAGAUCGGACUUGCACUUGGCCGUGGCGAUUUUCCAGCUUUAGAGGGCAUCUUUAAAGCUCAGAUUUCUCACCGUGAUGAGUUCAAGAGACCACCGAGGGACGGAGUCGUCCGGCGGCGCGGUCCCCGCCUUCCUGACGAAGCUAUGGACGCUUGUGGAGGACCCUUCCACCAACGAACUCAUCUUCUGGAGCACGAAUGGAACAAGCUUCCAUGUGUAUGACCAGGCCAGGUUUGCCAAAGAAGUCCUGCCCAAGUUCUUCAAACACAACAACAUGGCCAGCUUUGUUCGACAACUCAACAUGUAUGGAUUCAGGAAGGUGAUGAAUGUCGAGUCUGGCGGACUGAAGGCAGACCGUGACGACAUGGAAUUCAGCCACCAGAAUUUCAUUCGCGGGAAACCGAAUCUCCUGGAACAUAUUAAGAGGAAGGUUGGGGCGCCGGUUUCUGUGGUGAAGGCGGACGACCUGAGGCUGAGACACGAGGACAUGUCCCGUGUGUUGAGUGAUGUGAAGUCGAUGAGAGGCAAACAGGAGAACAUCGACACCAGGCUGCAUUCUAUGAAACAGGAAAAUGAGGCCUUAUGGAGAGAAGUUGCCAGCCUGAGACAGAAGCACCACAAACAGCAGCAAAUUGUGAACAAGCUGAUUCAGUUCCUGGUCACACUGGUACAGCCCAACAGGCGCAUCGGCAUCAAGAGGAGGACUUUGGCAAUAGAGGACAGCUAUGGUGAUGCCAUGCCCAGCACAAGCAAGGUGCCCAGAUAUACCCGGCAGCUGUCACUGCAUAACACUUCAGAGACAGAGCCAUUCACGAACCAACCGGUGGAGCCGCAGCAGGUCUCCCCUUCCUCCUCCGGACCAAUCAUAUCAGACGUCACAGACCUGGCAUCCUUCAGCGGGCAGGGGUUGCCGACCGUUGUCUUGCCGACCUCUCCACCAAUGGUUAGCAGCAGUGGACCAGAUGUGACCACACCCCCUCCCCCCUAUUCUGAGACCCCGGGGACGUCAGCCAGCUCAGUGCAGACCACUUCUUCGUUGCCCAUCCCCACCUCCCUGCCUUUCAUCCCGACAUCAGUGACGUCGGCCACCGGUGCUGACAUGGCGGGAGUGCCUACUGAAGGGCUGGUGGACGAAGCCUUCUCACCCACAGCAUUCAUGCAGGGGCUUGCCGAGAGCACUUUACCUGUACAAGAGGAACCACAAGACAUGUCUGUCGCAGUACACAACACUCCUCCUAAGCAAUUUUGCAGACUAAGUGGGGCUGGUGCACAAAGCCGAUGUGUGCAUCCGACUUGUUCCAGGCAAGACAUGGACGUCCACGUGGACACUAUCCAGUCCAGUCUGGACUCCAUCCAGUCCCUGCUGCAGAGCGGAAACUUCAGUCUGGACGCCUCGCAGCUGACCGAUGUCUUCAACCUGCUUCCAAACGAGCCCAGCAUUCUGAUGUCGGACUCAACGCUGCAGGACUGGAGGACACACCUCGUAGACGCUAACAGGGCAGGACUUGUCCUGCCAGAAACAGCCAAUGAAAGACAGGCCCUGUUAGACUCCUUGUCGGAGACCCACAACCGGAAUGAGCAGGACCUGGCCAGUAUGGCCUCCGCAGAGGCUGCAGGUAAAGGAAAGGAACUAAUUGAAUAUGCCCCAGCCAACAUUGACGACAUGCCCAGUCUGUUUGAUAACUUGGAUGAAGAUGAAGACCCUGAAUUCUUCAACAAGGUCAUAGCAGCAGACGUAGGCAAGGAGGAGACUGGGAAAUGAUCCUAAAUCUCUGAAGAGCUGGUCAUCACAUGUGCACACCUCUGUAGUAUAAUGGUCUGCACCAACCUGGUUCCAGGCAUGUGGAAAUACAUGAUGGGGUUAGGGUCAGUCCAUAAAGACAAAAUAUCUGGGGAGAUACUGGAAAUUUUUCUGUAAAUCACUGAAAUGGGAAGGGAAGGCAUGUGCUACAUGUUACAAGGUGAUUUCUUAACCCUCUUUAUCCUUGGUACUAGAACUACUUAACGAGUAGGUUUAUAGGUUCUGUAUGGGAUAUGAGCUACAGUGGUAAGGGUGAAGAGAGUUAUUUGGAUUUCCUUUUUUGCCUGACAAACAUAAUGAACAGAUGUACCUUAUGUGUAUAUAAACAGUUACACAAUCUUAAACCUAGACAUACAUGUACAUGUAUACGUGUAUCUCAACCUGUUUUCCGUUACUUAAAAAUUGCUGCGUAACUUGCCAAAUAUGGCCGACACCAUCACAUCAAUACAUGUCAGCAAUUGCUGACGUAUCUUUUUUGAGAAAUCAGUGGAAUCAUGCCAUAUGUGUUCUUGACAGGUUUUACACUUGUUAUUUAAAACUGUUGUACUAGACAUUGUAGUACAACGUCAUAGUACUACCUCUCUCGUAAACUACAUGUACACCUGAGUAUAAUGAGAAAUGAAAUUAAGUCUCCUACAGCCUUGGAGCCUUAAGUACAGUUCUGUAGACCUCACAUCAUUUCUCUUUACACUAAAAAAAAGCUGUAGUCUACGAGAAAAUGACUACAACAUGUACAUUGUAGUACAGUGUCAGUUUCAAAAAGCAAGUCUAAAGCAUAGCUAAGACAUAUACAUCGUACAGCACGAUUCCAUCAAUUUCAAAACAUUGUCUACAUGUAUGAGGAGUAGACUUUGAUGUGUAGUAUGGUACAGCAGUUUCAAGAAACAAGUGUAAAACCUGCCUUAGUCUUUUUCUAUCUACAAAGGGUAGUAAAACCAUUCCAAGUCUUUUUGAGUUGAACUUUGGAGAUUGGAGAUGUUUCUUAGAUAUUUUUCUCUCAAACAUUAGAAGGUGUCUUUGAGUGAACCAUGGGAAGGUUAUUGUGUGAUUGAUGGUAGUGCCACAUAAUGUUAUGGACUACAAAAAAUGUUGUGUUCUUAGUUCCCUGACUGACCCUAGGAAAAAACAGCCGAUCCUAGGCUUUUGGAGGGUCAACUAUUGUCAAAGGAUAUAUGAUUUUUUAAGUCUGACAUUUGAAUGUUUUCCAACGUGUUCUCAUUUGUAUUACAGUAGAAAAAAUGACAUAAAUAGACGCAUGAAAUCUACAUGUAGGUUCCCUUUAUGGUAUCCUCUACUCUGUGUAAUAACUAUCUGUAUAUUUAAAGUAAUCAUUAAACUGUAUUUGUUUGAUCAGCUGAGACAAACUCUGGAAAAGACAUAACAGUAAUUUCCCAAGGUUUAAUGAAAAGUAAAUGAGAAGAAGGUGCCUUUCAUCUUUUUUUCUGCAUCCAUUUCAAAAUGAGAGGAACUUCCCAGUUAAGAAUAGAAACGGCUUUUACAAUGUCUAUGUCCUUUAUCUAUACAGUGUUUUUACGCACCCUAUUCUAACACAUCAAACCUUCUUCGUCUAUCUUUCAUUGAGCUGUUGACGGGCUUCACAAUUAUUGACCUAGAUGUGAUAAACAUCCUUUCUGUGUGCAAAUUUUCCCUUGCUACAACCAGCAAGGUACAAACUACAAAGGCAGAAGUACAAGUAAAAUACAGAAGCACCCUCAUACUAACAGUACAGCAAAUCAUACCUUUGAUCACAGCGGCUACUGUUCUAUUACAAUGUAAUCAACUAGUACAUUUAUUUGAAGAGUAGAAAAGCAAGGUCGUCACAGGUAACUUUUAUGGCAGAAGUACUAUUUUUCUAGACCUAGAUGAUCCAUUCGCUGAAGUGUACCAUAAGCAAUUUAUCGGACAAAAAAUACUGCUAAACUGUACCGGGAGCUUUGAAUAUCUCUGAAGUCCUAGUGGUGUGUCAAAGUUUGAUACUUCUAGAUAAUUCUGUUUAGGUUUAAAUGUUACUUAUCUCGUGCUUAAACACUCCAAUCUUUAUCUGUGACUUAAGAAAUUAGUCUUCAAUGCUGAAGGUAGUACUCACCAAGCAGAUUACAAUUACAAUUAAAACACUGAUAGUAUUAAGAAUCACAGAAAGGCAACCCUUGGAUAAGGUAGGCUCUGUUGCAACAUUGACCACUGAUUCAGAAGUGUGGUAAUCUGUUUGAUGAAAUUGAAUUUCGACUGUAAUUUUUGUUAUGCAAAUUAACGUGUAGAUUGAAUUUAGGAAUUAGUGUUUGUUGUCACUUUUUUGUCAGUACCUUCUUUAGAGUCCAUAUAAAUAUAGAAAGGGCCCAGUCAGCACAUUAUACAUGUGCUAAAUUACCAUUCUCUUAUGCAUAGCCUUGCCCAUGGCCUAAGCAAUAUAACCAGGCGAGGCUCUACUAAACAGGACUACGAUUUCCCCUUUUUGGUGGUGUGGCCUCUAUGGAUCUGUUAGUCAAUCAGAGAAUUGGCUUCAUCAAAAGAAAACUCGAGGUAAGAGGCCAUGCCCACAAAAGUGGAAACCUCAGCCCGGUUUAGUAUAGGCGAGGCUCUGUGAAGAAGAAUGGGUUAUACAUUACCGGAAGUUUGUACUUUGUAUUAGUUCUGUAAUGGUAAGUCACCACUGGUGGAUUUUGUCCUGUGUUAUAGUUAUAUCAGAAAGUAAAGAAAUUGUUUUCAAAGCAAGUUUCAAACAACCUGUGUAAACCUUGCACAUAGUAACAGAGAAGUUCUAUGAAUGACUAUCUAUCAGAACAGAUCAACUUGUUUGUACUUUCCACAUUAAAAUAAAGUUUAUGUGCA